AUGCUCGAAUUCCGCGCGCACAUCGGCAGGCGCGGCUUCCAGCAGCGUCGCCAAGAUUAUUGCGACCUCUACGAGACCUUCCGCAGCUCGCCGGGGCACCAGCGCCUUUGGCGCAGCCGGGAGGCCAGAGACUUCCUGCGGCGCCUGCUGGUCGCGCGCCCGGAGGACCGACCAACUGCCGAGGAGGCUCUGGCCCACCCGUGGCUCGUGCGGCACCAGCCGGACCCGGUGCCCAUUGACCAGGCGCUGCUGCAGAGCUUUGCCGGCUUCACUGAGGCGCCACAGAUGCACCGGAGCUGCCUCUAUGCCUUGGCAGGCAAGGGCUUCUUGGAGGAGCUGGACGCGGACAUGGUGGGCUACGCCUUCUCCCAAGCAGACAGCGACAACGACGGGAAGGUCUGCCUGGAGGACCUGGUCGCCAGCCAGGAGAGCCGAUGGUGGUGGAGCAGCCAGAAGGUUGACAUGGCUGCCUUCUUCAAAGCAGCUGAUCAGGAUGGCAAGGGCUAUCUUGGGUAUACGGACUUCUUGGCCGCGUGUCUCUUCGAGAUUCACAGCACCUUUGACGGGAGCCUUGUGAACAGCACCUUCGACGUCUUGGACCACGAUCGGAAUGGGCUGCUGAAGGCGGAGGAUGUGCGGCCAGCCUUCCGGCGCUACCCGGAAGGACUACCCAAGUACUGCCCUUUCCGGCGGGACGAGUGGCAAAGCUGCGUCUUCCGCGAGGCAGAGGAGGAAAGCGCCCAAGCUUCCAGCGAAGGGUCCGAGGCGCCCGGGUUCCUCGAGCGCAUCUUCGGAGGCCUCUUCUGCAGGCUCAAUGAUGCAGAAAGCAGCGAGCCUGCGGACGACGCUGAAGCCCCAUUUCAAAAGAAGGUGGACGAGCUGAAGUCCUCGACAGCUUGCCGCUUGCCGGCCACCGUCCCCGCGGCGAACAUGGUGCUAGCAGCUCGGGCGUUGGCCCCGCAAGACCCGCCAAUGCUGCAGGCCGGGCGCAGCUUCCAGCUGAAGCCUCCCAAGGGCCUCUCAGUGAACACAGGCACCUCCUUCAGCACGGCGUCCACCUUUGCAUCCCUCUCCUCCGGUCCGCAGCAGCUGGCACCGGCGCGCAGCUCGUACUACGUGUGGCACUGAAGGACGGAACGGUAGGACCCGCGCAACGCCCGAGGCACUGUCAGAUUGCGGGCUGCUCCCAAGCCUUGAUGGUUGGAG